AACAACUUCAUCCCAAACUGAAUGAAAAAUAUUUUUCAUUUAAAAAGAUCUAUCAGCAAAUAAACAAGUUUAAUAAUGGAAGGAGUGAGGUGUGGUAUGAAUAAAGUCCUCUCUGAGGUGGAGUGACAUAGAGAAGGAUUUGAAUUAACGGGGUGGAGGAUCAGUGCAGAGAGGGGCCCAGACUGACAGGGGAAGGUUUGGGCAGGGCAGUGGGGGAUCUGUAGCCCUAAAGCUGUGACAGCAGAGACAGGGGAAGAUCCCCGUGUCCUCAGGAGGAGCCAGCUCAGCUGUCUGGGGGUUGUGCAGAGCAGGGUGCUCGUGUGCACUGUGACAAGUGGAAGAGAGAUUAAAGUGGCAUGAGGGGAGUGCUGAGAAAGAUGAAAGGAUAAAUAAAACACUCCAGGCUGAAAAAUAAGAAGUUUUACUGGAGAGACCUGAUGUGACCUAGUUUAAAGCAGAAAAUAACUUUCAAUGUGCACUGCAGAAGGUUGGAGUCUUUCUAGGAUGGUGUUGGGGGGUUGAUUUUUUUUAGUCAUUUGAUGGAAAUGCAAUUGAUAAAGUUUGUAGGUUUUAUCACAGGGCCUUUUAGAUAUGGAGCAUUUUGUUUCUUGAAUGCUCAGUCAACACCUUUUCCUCUUUUCCUUGGUAUCCUUCCUGGUUAGCUUUUCUUGUCAAAACCCCUACUGUUUUUCAGUUGCUCACUGCUUUUGUUUCCCAAGAAUUAAUUCAGGUGGCUGGCACUAAGUGGCAGAUUUACCUAUGUCAGGUUACACCUUUUAACCCAUGACAUUAAAUUCUUUUCAUGCAGGCAUUUAUUUUUACUUUUCACACAAAGGUUUGAAUCAGUUUCAUCAUACAAGUGGCCUGUCAGUUUUAGUUCUUCAGCUACGUCUGGAAUUAAGACGUGAACCACUGGCUCUUAUCAACCUCAAAAAGAAACAUGAAGAAACCGGGGAAGAGGAACUUUCCUCUCGCCUGGAUCACUGCAAAGCAAAAGCCACCAGGCACAUCUUCCUCAUCCGUCACUCCCAGUAUAAUUUGGAUGGCCGAGCUGAUAAAGACAGGACUCUGACCCCACUGGGUCGAGAGCAGGCUGAACUGACUGGACGCAGGCUGGCAAGCUUGGGAUUAAAAUUUGAUCAGAUUAUCCACUCCUCCAUGACUAGAGCAACUGAAACAACUGAAAUUAUAAGCAAACAUCUCCCAGGAGUCAAAAAAAUCAGUACUGAUCUGCUGAGAGAGGGAGCACCUAUAGAACCAGACCCUCCAGUCUCCCACUGGAAACCAGAAGCUGUGCAGUAUUACGAGGAUGGAGCCCGAAUCGAGGCCGCGUUUCGGAACUUCAUUCACAGAGCAGAUGCCAAGCAGGAGGAGGACAGCUACGAGAUCUUCGUGUGCCACGCCAAUGUCAUCCGCUACAUCGUGUGCAGGGCGCUGCAGUUCCCCCCUGAAGGCUGGCUGCGCCUGUCUCUCAACAACGGCAGCAUCACGCACCUGGUGAUCCGUCCCAACGGCAGAGUGGCCCUGCGAACGCUGGGGGACACAGGGUUCAUGCCUCCAGACAAAAUCACACGCACCUGAGCGAGCCAAACGGACGGAAGGCUGUCCGGGAGCUGCCUCUGGGCUCUUUGCACUGGCACAUUCUGCUACAGUACCACUAGAUUUUUAUUACGUUGGGGUGUGAUGCUGUCUUAAAAUGUCCUUUAGCCCCAUUCCUCCUUCAUAUUCAUAUCUGCCUUUCAGUCCAGAAAAGAAGAAACCUUUGUAAGCCUGAACAUGUCCGGUCCUUCAGUAUUCCCCAAAACUCAAAGCUGAGCUGUGGAAUACGGGUUGAAUGUCUGCUCAGCAGUUGCAAGAGCACUGACUUUUCCCCCACCCUGCUGUGAAUUUCUCUAACCAAAGCUUGCUCCUGUGGGUAUUUUUCUUGUGCAGGAAGGCGACUGGUGUGGGGACAGCCUUGUAUCACACUGCAGCUAAAACAAAAGGUGAGCCAGCUUGUUCCACUCGUGCAGAAGUGACAAACAGGGUAUUCUGCUGUCCAAAGGACAAAGGGAUUAAGCGUCAGUUUCUGUAAGCUGCUGAGUGUGUAUAUUGAUGUUGUGUCAUUGUUCCCCUCUGCCCCCUUUCAAAAGCCCAUGUAAACUGUGCCUGGAGGUUACGAGCAUUAAGGAAAGAGGGUAAAAAACCAUUUGCCUCAGAGCUGUGGUGCUAGAUCUAACUGCUGCUUAUAUUAAGUGUUACCAUCCUCAGGACGUCCUCUAAGAUGUUCUUAAAAAUGUUUUUCAGCCUUGUAAAGCCUUUAACCAAAACAAGGUCUGGAGGAGGCUGUAGGGAUGAGACUGUAGCAGUAAGGUGGGAGGAAAGGAAAGCAGCAAUCUCCUCAAAGUGCUUUCAGUUCCUAUUUUUGAGUGCUCUUUCCCAUUGAUUUGUAUUUGUUGAUACCUUACCUUCAGAGUGGAGCAGUGCCACCGCUGAGUUCAGGGUCAGCGGCCCUGCAGCACUGGAGCAAACUGCUGCUGCCACGAUGGUGAGCAGGAGCCACGGGACAGCUCAGCCAGGGCGAGGGGACAGGGCAGGCACUGGGCAGAAUGCUCCAGGUGCCUCCUUCAUUCAGCUCUGACACUGCUGCUUGUGGUGGGGAGGGCUCAGAAGCGUUCUGAAGCUUGCUGGGCACCUGAACUGAAACUUGGCUCAGUUAAUAGGUGGAGGCUUGGGAAAUUUCACCACAGGCAUUGUCUGCCGUGGGAGAGAGCAGAGACUGCAGGACAGCAAACAGAAGUAGGACAGCAGACAUAAUGAACCUGUUUGACAGAUUCUGUGAUCAGUAAGGAUGUUGAUGAGAUGCUGAACUUACUCCUGUCAGAGCUGUAUGAAGCAUAAUCAGGGCACACAAGCUAUGGAGAAGAGGAUUUAAGGGCUUGAUACUGAACUGCUGCUACAUCAGGGUAAGUUCAAGGAACAGGGAGUGGUAGGGAACAAACUUAUGUAGUGUAAGGUGUGGGGGGCAGAGGAAACCAUCAUGACGUAUCUCUCAUUGAUGCAAUGAGAAUAAUUUAUCAAUUUUUGUCUAUUAACUUUUUAAAAGUUUUGAAUAAAAUACUUGGUCUGUCUUUC